GGCCGGCCCGGAGCUGCUCGCCGCUAUCCUCCCCCUCUUCUUCUCUCGCCGUCGAGGGUUUAGGCAACUCACCUUCCCCUCUCGCGCCGGCGCCGCCAACCCCACGCCCGCGCCUCCUCCGGCCGGAUCCGCCUCCUCCCCGCACGGCAGGCUCAGGCUGCGGCGCUCGGAGACCGCCAUGGAGCUUGAGGAGGCCGCGGCGGAGCGUGGGACCCCGGGCGGCGACGCGGACCGGCUCAGCGCGCUGCCGGACAGCCUCCUCCACGCCGUCAUGUCCUUCCUGAAGGCCCGGCAGGUGGUGCAGACGUGCGUGUUGUCCGCGCGCUGGAGGCACCUCUGGCGCUCGGUGCCGUGCCUCGACCUCGACAGCGACGAGUUCAGGACCCCGGCGGCGAGUGCUCCCAGCAACCACCCUGCCCCCGUCCACGAGUACUCCGACUCCGACAUUGAAAGCUAUGAGGACUCCGAGGACGACAACGACGACAGCAACGACGGCGGCGACAACAGAGAAAGGGAGUGGGAGGGUUUUGAGGACUUCGCCGAGAACCUGAUGCACCGCUUCAACGUCGCUCAGUUGGAUUCCUUGAGGCUGCGUGUUUGUAGGACCAGGGCGCCUAGCUUUGCGGACAGACAAGCAGGCGGGUGGCUCCGUCGCGCGAUGAAGUACUGCACCCCAGAUCCUCCCCGUCAGCGUGAGGGACUGAGCUCCAGUUCUUGGCCCCUCAAGAGGCUGUAUCUCUGCAAUGUGGCUCUGGAAGGUCAUUUCGCAAAGCAUGUCAGUUCAGUGUGCCACUCUUUGGAGGAUCUCGAGCUGGAGGAUUGCACAUGUGGGAUUCGUUCAAUCACCUCCCGCUCACUGAAGAACUUGGUUCUGAAAAGCUGCAGAUGGCGCCAUCUUUCUGAGAUUACAUCGCCCACACUGAAGAGCUUAGUAAUCUCUGGUGGCUCGAAUACUGAUGAGUGUGUGCUGGUUAUCGUGGCCCCUGCGAUUGCUCACCUGAGCCUGGAUGUGUCUCUUCGCUUUGCCAGACGUAUUUCAGUAAAUCAGAAGCCAUCUUUACCAAGUUUUUGAUUCACCUACGAGGUCAUGGAGACAGUGUAUUCGUAAGUGAACUUCGAUGCAAUCAAUUAAAGCUUCUUUGCAGUGUAUCUAAUGCGACAAGUUCAGAGAUGUCAGGUUUUGGGACAAUGCUAUGCCUUCUGUCUUUGUAGUGUAUCUUCUGUGUCCUGGAUGUCAAGUGCGAGAACUUCAAGCUUAUUGGAAUUAUAUAUGAUGAGAUGAUGUCUGCCAACUGGUCAGGGUUUUUCUGCGCAUUUCAGUGAAGCUGCCGAAGAACUGCAUACAACUCACCAAAGUCGAUUAGUUCUACUGUUGGUCUAGGGCUUUUAUGUGGCUUGCAACCUUCUGGUUCAUCUAAAAUUUGUGGCAUGUUCUACGUUGCCUUCAGAUGUAUAUAAAGUGGAAGCAAUAGUUUUCUUGAGCAGUCGUGCUGAAGGUUAUGACUGCUCAAGAAAAUAUCCUAUGAACUUAUAUUUUACUAGAAGCUUUGGUGUGGACCUGGAAUUUGCAUAUUUGUCUGAGUUUUUAUAGUAGACUUUAAAGUAGGUGAGCUAGAUGCUGACUAAAAUUGCUAAAUA